GCGGCCGAGGUUUCUCCCACCAGCCCCGGGGGUCCCCACCUUGUCACCAAGCUCCCCCUCCUGCCCCGGUCAGCACCCUGGCUCCGGCAGUACCCAACGAGCAGCCACAAUGAAAGGCGGAACACAUUCCUGCACCCAGUGACGGGACAGAUCCCCGAGGACACCUCAAGACUUGACUUGCAAAAACUGACCUUGGACAUGUCAAGCAAAGCAGGUGGCAAGCGAGCGGCCACCAUCACCAGCGAGCCCUCCAACCACACCAUGGUGUCAGAAAUGCCCCCGGAGCGUCCUGGAGGACGGGCUUCACGCUCCUCCCGCAAGGGCAUCGCCUUCGGGAAGCGCUCCAAUUCCAUGAAGAGGAACCCCAAUGCUGCUGUCACCAAGAGUGGUUGGCUCUACAAGCAGGCCAGCUCAGGGGUGAAGCAGUGGAACAAGCGUUGGUUCGUGCUGGUGGAUCGUUGCCUCUUCUACUACAAAGAUGAGAAGGAGGAGAGCAUCCUGGGCAGCAUCCCCCUCCUCAGCUUCCGUGUGGCAGCCGUGCAGCCCUCAGACAACAUCAGCAGGAAGAACACCUUCAAGGCUGAGCAUGCUGGCAUCCGGACCUACUUCUUCAGUGCUGAGAAAGAGGAGCAGGAGUCCUGGAUCCAAGCCAUGGGCGAAGCUGCCCGGGUGCAGAUCCCCCAAGCCAGAGGUCAGCACCCACCAUCUUCCUGUGCCACCUGGAGAUGGGGCAGGGGGGCCCGUGCAUCGCACGAGAAGCCAGACUCAGAAAACAUCCCCCCAGCAAGCAUCACACCACCUCCACCGAACACCACCCACCCCAAAGCUGACCCCGAGGCCAAGACCCGGGGGGAAGGCGACGGCCGUGGCUCGGAGAAGAUGGAGAGGAAAACUGAGAGGAUGGAGAGCAAGAAGGAGCCCUUGGCCAAAGCCAACGGCAUCGCUGGACAGGAGCUGCCUUCGGAGCCCGGCAGCCCGUACCCUGAGGUAUCCCGGGUCCCGGUGAGCUCGGAGCGGCCACCCCAGCCCAAUGGGUGGCCCUACUCAUCCCCCAGCCGCCCCGGCAGCACUGCCUACCUCCCCCUGAUGGGGAGAGCCUGGCCCAGCGCCGCAGCAUUGCCCCCGCACCAACCCGAGAAGAUCGCACAGCGCAAGAGCUCCAUGACCCAACUGCAGCAGUGGGUGAUCCGCCGGGGAACUGUGCCCCCCGAGGAGCUGAGGAGCCCCACCAGGUUUUACCCCAUUUCUCGCCGGGUGCCUGACUACUAUUCCCCCUACUCACCCCAGUACCCUGAGGACUACCAGUACUACCCUCCCGGUGUGCGCCCGACAGCAUCUGCUCCAUGCCCCUACGAGCGGGUCAGCCCCCCCUGGCCCCUGGAGGACAAACGGCAUUCUUUCCGCAACGGGGGCACCUACCAGCUCCGGGACUGGAAGGAACACCCCACUUUUGGCCGACAAGAUGCCUUCUGGUUGCCCAGUCCUGGGAGGCAACCGAGUUAUUUGGACGAGGUGGACGCAGCCUCGGGGUCCCUGCGACGGAUGUCCCUGCAGCCCCGUUCCCGUUCUGUGCCCCGCUCCCCCAGCCAGGGCUCCUACACCCGGGCACGGGUCUACUCCCCGGUCCGCUCACCCAGCGCCCGUUUUGAGCGGCUGCCACGGGGAGAGGAGAUUUAUGCUGACCCCACCACCUUCGUGAUGAGGAGAUCCAUCAGUUCUCCAAAGGUGACACCAUUCCCAGAGCCCUACAGGGAGACGCUGCACACCUACAAGAUCAGCGAGCAGGACACUGAUAAGCUGCUAGGGAAGCUCUGUGAGCAGAACAAAGUGCUGCGGGAACAGGAGAGGCUGGUGCAGCAGCUCCGAGCAGAGAAGGAGAGCCUGGAGAGUGCCCUGAUGGGGACCCACCAGGAGCUGGAGAUGUUCGGGAGCCAACCUGCCUACCCGGAGAAGCUGCUGCACAAGAAGGAAUCUCUGCAGAACCAGCUCAUCAACAUCCGUGUGGAGCUGUCCCAGGCCAGCACGGCCUUGGCUAACAGCACUGCUGAGUACGAGAACCUGGAAACCGAAGUGUCUGCCCUGCACGAUGACCUCUGGGAACAGCUGAACCUGGACAUCCAGAAUGAAAUGCUCAACCGGCAGAUCCAGAAGGAGAUCUGGAGGAUCCAGGACGUGAUGGAGGGGCUGAGGAAGAACAACCCAUCCCGUGGCACGGACACAGCCAAACACAGAGUGGCCCUUGGCCCCUCAGGGACGUACAGCUCCAACAGCCCCGCCAGCCCCCUGAGCUCAGCCAGCAUCAAGCCCCUCAGCCCUUUCUCCCUCAUCUCUGGCUCCCAGGGCUCACCCACCAAGCCAGGACCUGGUGAGCUCAAGCCAAGCUUCGAGCAGAGCAAGAAGGAGAUGCCGACCAUCCCAUCCUGGCCCCCACCUGAGGGGCUCCCACAGAGCCGGCAGGAGCAGGAGAUGGAGAAGCAAACGGCUCUAAAUAAGGUGGGCAUCGUCCCCCCCAGGACCAAGUCCCCAGCAGAGGAGGAGGUGGUUUCCACGGUCGGUGUGCCAAGGAGGAGUGUUGGUCCCAUGGCCAACGGGAUCAGCUCCAGGGAACGUCCCAAAAGUGCUGUGUUUGCCACUGAGACAAAGGUGAAGAUGAGUGUGGAGGAGCAGAUUGACCGCAUGAAACGGCACCAGAGUGGCUCCAUGAAGGAGAAACGUCGCAGCCUGCAGCUCCCCAGCACCCAGCAGCCUGACACCCCCAGCACCAAGGCACCUGCCUCCUACAAGGUGGUCCGUCGGCACCGCAGCAUCCACGAGGUGGACAUCUUGGACCUGGAGGCAGCGCUGCGCUCCGAGGACCCCAGCAAGGUCCAUGAGACACCCCAGGAGGAGAUCGCCCGCCUGCGCAAGAUGGAGCUGGAGCCCCAGCACUACAACGUGGACAUCAACAAGGAGCUCUCCACGCCAGACAAGGUCCUCAUCCCGGAGCGGUACGUGGAGCUGGAGCCUGAUACACCCCUCAGCCCCGAGGAGAUGAAGGAGAAGCAGAAGAAAGUGGAAAGGAUCAAAACCCUCAUUGCCAAAUCCAGCCUGCAGAACGUCAUCCCCCUGGGUGAGGGGGAGGUGGACCCCCAGGACCCAGAGACCCAACUGCAGGAGCAGGAGAAGAGGAUUGAGAUCUCAUGUGCCCUGGCUGCUGAAGCCUCCCGCCGGGGCCGCAUGCUCUCGGCUCAAUGUGCUACCCCAAGCCCUCCCACCUCCCCAGCCUCCCCGACUCCACCGACCAACCCCCUCUCGUCUGAACCAUCCCGGGGCGCCGACAGCAGCCACUUUAUGCGUGUCUGAGCCAUGAACUCAAGCCCUGGCUGCUGCUGGUGCCACCAAGUCCCACGGGGGCCACGUUCUAGAGCGCCGACACAUGACACCGAACCUCUCGCCAUCCUUUUCGGUUCUCCUGGAACCCCUUCCCUCCUUCCAAGGGUGGGACCACCCAGCACAGCCCAGCCAGGACACGGGUCACCCACAGCACCAGCAGCUCUGCCCCGGCCCAAAGGAGACGUGGGUGCCAGGAGGUCUUCUGCUGGAGUGAGGUCCCCCAGGAGCCAGCCGGCGUGGGGGACAGAUCGGCGAUGUCCUGGUCAUCAGGCUUGUGUGGACAGCUGGGCAGGGACAUCUGCGGUGGUGACACCCCCCACAGUGCCCAUCCCCUGCCAGAGCAGCCCUGGGGGAGCGUAGGACUCCCCGUUGGUCUCCCAAAGCUCUGUCAAGGAGCACUUUUGGGUGGAGACCAGUCAGUGCCCAUCAUGGAUGGUGCUUCCACCUGCUGUUGGACAUGGAUGCUCCAGCUCUGCUCCUCUUCCCCUCCCUGUGCCCUGAACCUGCUUUUAGCAUCCUGGGGGUGGUCACCAGCAGAGCCUGGGCUGUCCCAUCCUGGUGCUGGUGGCUCAGCAGGAAGAAGAAGGAACUGUGUGGGGGACAUGAUGGAUGGAGAUGGGAUGGGAGGGAGGACACGGACGGGACAGGUGUGCUCAGGAUAGGGAUGGUCCAAGAGCUGGCCAGGGCACUGGUGCCCUGCUGGCAUGGAUGAGGUCUGGGAAGGGGUGGGGAUGUCCCAUGGAGCUGGUGGGACCAGGUGGGACCAGGUGGAACAGUGAAGCCAUGGGCUCGGCAGGGAUCCCUCUGUGGCGCGUGAGGUUGAGGAGGGAAAGGGGCUUGGGGCUCAUCCUCAGCUGCCCCGUCACCUCUGUCUCAGCCCCUUGGAAAGUUUGGCUCCUCAUCCCACCAGGAGCCCUUCCUUGGUUGGGGUCCCUGGAGCAGGUGGAGCCUUUGCUGGAGGGAGAUCCAGGAGCUGUGGCAGGGGGAUGCCAGGUGAGGUUCUGCAGCUUGGCAGGGGUGGGGUGGGCAAGGGAUGUGGAGCCCCCCCCAUGCUGCAGCUUUCUCCUCUGGCCUGAUCCUGACACCCCCCAGGACCCUGCCCCCUGCUCCCCCCCUCCCCUUGCCCCCCCAUUUAGCAAUACUGGUGGGAUCCCAGGAGCCCCGAGCUUCCCGCAGCCCUCUUAGCUCAUAAAGCUGGCCCUUUAUUUUGCUAUUACAUGCCUUAAUAUAUGCUUUAUGGAAAUUAUACAUUUAUAAUAUAAAUCUAUAUUUGUUUUUUCUCUUCUUUUUUUUUUUUCUUAUUUUUUUUCUGGAGGUACU